GGGACUUCCGGUCCCGGUGACGCCUAACCAGGACGGCCACGGUAGAGCCAGCUGCCUUCUAGGCUGACAGAAAUGGACUCAGAAAUCAAGGAAGAAAUUCCUGUGCACGAGGAAUUCAUUCUAUGUUGUGGAAUUGAAACCCAGGUUCUAAAAUGUGGGCCCUGGACUGACCUCAUUAACGAUCAAAUUGCCAACAGGCCUAAGCUGCUUAUUUUCAUUAUUCCUGGUAACCCAGGUUUUUCUGCCUUUUAUGUGCCAUUUGCAAAGGCUUUGUAUUCUUCAACAAAAAGACGCUUUCCAGUUUGGGUUAUCAGUCAUGCUGGGCAUGCCUUGGCCCCCAAAGACAAGAAGAUUCUUACAACCUCAGAUGAUCCAAAUGCUCAAGAAAUUAAGGACAUCUAUGGACUCCGUGGUCAAGUAGAACACAAACUAGCUUUCCUGAGAACUCAUGUGCCAAAGGAAAUGAAACUUGUGGUCAUUGGCCAUUCCAUAGGCUGCUAUUUCUCCCUUCAGGUUCUGAAGCGUGCCCCUGAGCUCCCGGUAAUUCGCUCUUUUCUGCUCUUUCCAACAAUUGAGCGAAUGUCUGAGUCACCCAAAGGCAAGCUGGCCACUCCACUUCUGUGCUGGUUUCGAUAUGCUUUCUAUGUUCCUGGCUACUUACUACUUAAACCGUGGCCUGAGAAAAUCAAGUCCUUGGUGAUCAGAAUGCUCCUUCGAAGGAUGAACCUACAGAGUGAAUUUUCGUUUCUGAAUUUGUUGGAACCGUUCUGCCUCAUUAAUGCUGCCUACCUUGGGAGCCAAGAAAUGAUGGAGGUGGUGAAGAGAGACAAUGAAACCAUAAAAGAACAUUUAUCUAAGCUUACAUUUUACUAUGGUACUAUAGAUGCUUGGUGUCCAAAAGAGUACUAUGAAGACAUGAAGAAAGAUUUUCCAGAAGGAGAUAUUCGACUCUGUGAGAAAAAAAUACCUCAUGACUUUAUCCUCUAUUUUUACCAGGAAAUGGCAGACAUGGUAGCUGACUGGCUAAAGGAUGAUCUGUCCAAAAUAUAAAUCCUGACACAAGGAGCAAGCACUGACAGCUAGUACAUAAAGCCAAAAGUGAAUUACUUCUUCUAGGAAGUAAUUGAAGACUGGGGUUCAAAUCCUGGAUCUGUCAUUUAUCAGGUUUGUGAUGUUCAGAGGCUUAACCUCCCUGAGCCCUCUCCUUCACUCCCCCACUGGCCCUCAUCUACAAAAGUACUUGCGUUAGCUUUUGGACUUUGGAAGGGUUUUUGUUUGUCUUUAAUGGGGUCAAACGAGGUCUUGCAUAUAGUAUUUAGCACCCUGUCUGGUAGAUGCUCUAUUAAAUGGUACCUAAAGGAGAAGGAUAGCAAACGUGUUUGUCUUUUACACUCUCUUCUCUUUGUUGCAAUGGAGGACUCCUCGAUAUCCCAGCUUCUGCAGUGUUUCACCCAGCCUGAAAUUUGAUUCUCAUCGUCUCAGCGUUUCUGGUUCAUAUUGGUGAAGGAGGCCACUCGCUCACCUGAUACAGCUUUCUGACCCCAGGCCAUUGCAGGCCUCUCACACACAGCCCAGGACACCCAAACAUCCCCUCGAGGAUCUUAUAUAGUCCUUUGAAAAGAUGUAGGAAGCAAAGUGUUUCUUAAAUAACACGAGGCAUCAUCUUUGUUCCUGGCCCCCUCUUGCCAGAGAGAAGAGACGUCCUUGGACUUCUCCUUUCCUUGCUGGGUGGGGCCUAAGGAGCGGGCAGUGCCUGGGACUGAGUGAGCUCUGUGAACUGGUACAUCUCUGAGGACUUGAGGCAGAAGCUCUCCUGUAGGAGUGUCGAGGACAGGGAAGAUUUCCGUUCCCAAGGGGCUGAGAUCCCUGCCUCUGUGCCCUGGAGGUGUAGGAGAGUGAUCACAGUGGCCCACGUGGGGAGCCGAUGUGGGACAUGGGUCUGUCCUCUCCAGCAGGCUGAGGGCAUCUCCAGAGCAAAACGGUGAGGACUGGAGAAGGCUCCGGGUUGCCGCAGUUCUGUAAAGAGAAAACUGCUGGAGGGAGGGUGUGGCAGGGCUGCUCCUGGUGCCAGAAGGACAGGUGGAACUUGGGUGGGUUUGGAAGAGAAGAGAACAAGUCCAGAGAAAGAAUGUGCUGCUCACCCUGCACUUUCACAGCGUCUCAUUCAGGCCUCACAGUCGUGUGUUACCACGAGGGUGCCAAGCGGGUGACGUGCUCAAGACCUCACAGCUACUGAGUGACAGCUGGGUUCUGCCCCAGCGACACGACUUCAGCCCUUCCCAUGCACCGUGCUGCCUCCUGAAGGGGACAGCGGGCAGGCCGCCAGAGGAGGGGAGGCUUGGGGAAGGGGUCACGCGAGGGCCGGCGAAGGCCAGGUUGUCAGGGGAAGGGAAGAGGAGAGGGUUGGGAACAACUGAGUAGCAUCAGAAGAACAGAGGAUACAACAGACACGGCUUUGGGGUGCGGGCUGCGUAUCAGGCAGCGGCCUGUGCAGGUCAGAGCUGGGGCUGAGUCCCGCUUUCCGGUCUCGGCAGCUUUGCUACGGCCACUGGUGCUCCAGAUGCACUUACUUCCCUCUGCUCCUCCAAACUUGUGCUGUGCCCUGAACCUUUGGGAUCAACCGCUCCAGCUUUGAGAGUUCCCGUGCCUCGACCCUUCCCCAAAAUACAACCGCUUCUGCCCCACAGAGUGGCCUUUCUCUCUCUCUCUCUCCCCGCCUCCUCUCUCUCUGUCUCUCUCUCUGUUUCUCUGUCUCUCUCUGUCUGUCUAUCUGUCUCUCUCUCUCCCCCUCCCUCCGUCCAUCUGAACCCUCACGGUCCCCUGGUCAUGUCUCUAUUGAAGCACUUGCAAUUAUUUCAGGAAUUAGAUUUUUAUCCUCCCUGCCCCACUAUCAACACUCCUUCCUGCCCUUAAAAAGAGGGUCCUAGGAGAUGGGACUUGUAUCUUAGUCACCUCUCUUUUCUCAGGGCUUAUAGAAUAGGGCCUGUCACACAGAAUAGUCAAUAAAUAUUGUUUCCUAAAUUAAUAAAAGUUGCUGCCAUAGGCAGCAACAUAGCAUAGGUUGCCUAAUAGGCAACCUCUCCAGAAAUACAGUUCCCUCAGUCAGUCAGACUAUCAGGGAAUCACAUUGCUGGGACUCCUUGUCCCUCAAAACUGAAUACGUAACUGGACGUAUGACAUGGACUUGCUAUUUUAUCCCUUAAGCAUUUCCUCAGCCUUGCUCUGCACAGUUGGGUCAGACAGAUUCCAGGACAUAGACUGUUCACUAUCUGGCACUAGCAAGGCCACGGCACGUCGUGGCCCAUUCUUCAGCCCGUCCGGCUGCAACUGUUAACUUCCAUUCUUCUAUGAUUAGAAAACCUCUGGAGUUUGGGUAUUAGCAACUACCAAGUAUGCGGUUAUUAUUUGUUGAGCGCUAACCCUGUGCAACACCCCAAGUGGGAAUUACAGCAACAAUACACGAGAGCCCGCUCUGGGACAGCAGAGCGUUUUCAUUUUGUAUCGCAUUCCUCAGACACUCUGGCAGAGGGGCUGUGCUGACCUCCCCACACUGGGACAGACUUCCUUGCUGGGAGGGUCUAUGGGAAAAUUCCUCUUCCCGGGGACGGGAAUGUGACCCUGUGACUGGGCGUCCAUGACAGCCAGGAGUGCGGUGCACCUGCAGGACCUCCCUCCCUCACAGAGGGACCAGGAUCCCACCUCUGCAAACCCACUCUGCUCGGGCUUCGCAGAACAUCUGGGCUUCCUCCCGCUGGCCGCGGCUGCAGGGCCACGCACCUGCAUGCGAUUAGGGCUCAGCAGACGCCCCCAGCCUCACGGUCGGCGGCUGCACACUGGUGACACAUCACAACGGAUGAGUUUCUCCCCAGAUCACUGUUCCUUCAGAGCAGAAGAGCUUCCCCGGGGGCACAGGAGCACAAGGCAUCCACAACCAGGUCAGGCAGCUCUGCCCUCAGCAGGGCAGCAGUUGGUGGCAUCUUUGCUUUGACCUGCCUUGGAGUGAGCAGAGAGCGGGCAUUCCAGGGCAUACCAGGGCCGGGGGAGCGGAGAAGUCAAUCUUCGCCUCUUUUUAGCGUCAAUCGUUGCAGGGCCUAUAGACCGUCUCGCAUCAGUGUUCGGGAAAUAGGAUAAAAUUUUAAGUGCCACCCCUGACUUUGCUUUCUCCUUGUAACAAGCCCUUCUCAACUGAAAGUGUACUCCUCUAACCACAGAAUUCCGGGGUAGGUCAAGUGGAGAGUGAAAAAUAAGAAAAUGAAGAACUGACCAAGGAUUGUUAAAGCAAAGCAAUGUAAGACUUUACACUUUUCAAUGGCAGAGUCAUAAAGCUUAUACGUUUACAGCAACCUGCCAAAUGAGUGAGUUACAAGGUGCAUUUUUAUUCCAAAGAAAGAGACUCCUUUAUUUGGUAGUAAUGAAAGUAAGAAGCAAAAAGGGAGCAGACUUUCUUUCACCAGAGCAGGACACAUGACCAAGGGGACAGGCAUUAACACCCUGCAGGAACAUUGGAUUACAGUGGAUGUGUGCUGCCAUCGCUUUGCGAAAAGGUGUGUCACACUGGCCCGAUCCAUAUCCCAGAGGAGGUGAUCCUGGUAACAAGUCAUUAGUGAGGGCAAGUCCUUGUCAUCUUGCCACAACUGCUGUUCCAUCACUUAUCCU